UUUAAAUGCUCCGACUGCAGUCGAGUCUUCCGCCACAGAGUUUCUUUUAUAAGCCACAUGAGGAAGCACAGCAACCAGCGACCAUACGUUUGUGUCCAGUGCAACAAUGCCUUCAAGGACUCUUCUGCUCUCACCAAACAUCAGCGAGUUCACUCGGGUUUAAAACCUUAUACCUGCCCGCUCUGUGCUCGUGCCUUCAGUCAGUCCACCAACGUCAACAGACAUUUGAAAACU